GGCGGGCCCCGCUAGUCAGAUACACCGUCAAUACGUGUUUAUACGCAGUUUAGAACUAUUUGCAAAAAUCUAGAGCAAUGUUGGUACUGACACGUAAAAAUUAGCAAUCGUGAUACCAAUCUGCAUGUGAUGCCCCAAUUGUGGUACUUCUGUGCAAUUAACUCAAUGUCUAUGAAUAUGAAUGAGACCAAAUUAUAUUUCGUCUAGAUGAGUUCUAGCAAAACUGGUUUUUAUGCCUUUUGAUACAAAGAUGCCGUUUUCGUUAGUCCUGUAUAGAUGGUCAAACCUUGAUCAAAAUAUUAGGGGCCAAUAGACCGGAAUCAAGCGUACCACUACCACGGACAAAGUUUGACCAAAAGUACAACUCAAAAGGCUGUCGAAGCUCAAGCAUUUUGUAGAGUGGAGUCAUCGUUGACGCGGAUACACAGAGUGCUACGCCGCCGAGCUCCGACGAUAGAAAGAGAAGAAAGCUCGCCGCGCCUGCCGCCUCGUCGAGAUGCCGCUGGAGCGCUUCGACCUGCGGAUCGCGUCGCGGGAGCUGGUCCGGGCGUCGCGCCCGCCCCCCGGUUUCCCGGCCGUGCACGCCGUCUCCAACCUCGACCUCGUCCUCGGCCCCUUGCCGAUCUACCUCGUCAGCAUCUACCCUCCUCCGCCGUGCGGCCUGGACCCCGUGCUCGCCGCCGUCCGCGCCGCGCUCCCGGCCUACCUCUCCCGCUUCUUCCCCUUCGCCGGCCGCGUCGUGCGCCACCCGGACACCAACGUCCCCGAGGUCGCCUGCUCCAACGCCGGCGCCGAGCUCGUCGUCGCCGACGCUGCCGGGGUCCCCCUCGCCGCCAUCGACUUCGCGCGCUUCGACGGCUCGCUCGGGAUGAUCCAGAUCCCGUUCGACGCGGGGCUCGCGCUGUCGCUGCAGGUGGUCCGGUUCGCGUGCGGGGGCUACUCGUUGACCGUGGGCACCAACCACCUCCUCGCCGACGGCCGGGCGCUCAUCGUGCUGCUCAACAGCCUCGCGGAGAUGGUCCGCACCGGCGGGGGACUCUCCCGCGGGCCGCUGCUCGACCGGUCGUCCCUGCCCGUCCCGCGGUCGCCGCCGCGGUACAGCUCGUCGCUGGACGCCGAGUUCACGAGGUUCACGCCGGAGACCAUGAUCAACCCCCUCCUGGCCGCGGCCAUGGAGCGGCGCGUGUACCGCAUCGACGCGGCCGACCUUGUCGGGCUCCAGAAGGCGGCGUCCCCAGGAGGCGGCCGCCGCACCUCGCGCUUCGUGGCGCUGUGCGCGCACGUCUGGAAGCUCCUGGCGCGGGCCGUCGGGGACACCGACCCCAACUGUCGCAUGGCGUGGAUCCUCGAAGGCCGGAGGUGCAUCCAGCCGUCGGAGGGCGCGCUGGACCUGUACAUGGGGAACGUGGUCACAUACACGUCCCGCGAGGCGAGCGUGGCGGAGCUGCUGCGCGCGCCGCUGCACGAGGUGGCGGCCGCCGCGGGCGCGGCCAUGGCGUCGGUGAUGACCAGGGACAGGUUCCAGGAGCUGGUGGACUGGGUGGAGGUGAACAAAACGGCGUACAAGGACGGCGGGAAGUGGACGGAGGCGGUGAACCUCGGCCUCGGGAGCCCGGCGCUGGUGAUCUCCGGGAUGCUGCCGUUCGCCAUCGACGGGGACCUGGGGUUCGGGAAGCCGAGAAUGGUGUCGCCGUGGCUGCGGCACGGACGGCUGGGGUCGGCGUCGAUGAUGGCGGUGCCCUGCCCGAGCGGGGACGGGUCGUGGUUCAUCGGCGGCACGAGACUGUGGCCGCGGCUGGUGGAGGUGAUCGAGGCCGGGCCCGACAGCAUGCUGAAGCCGCUGACGGCGGCGAGCCUGGGGUUCGAGGCGCCACACGGCUCUCGCCUGUGAGCUCGCGGUGGACAGUGUUGCAAACUUGUACUCCCUCCGUAAUAAGAUCGUUUAGAUUAUUAUUUUAGUGAUCUAAAGACUCUUAUAUUAGUUUAGUUUACAGAGGGAGUAAUAAUAAUGUUCUGUCAGUGAAGUGGUUCUCUCUGGGCGCGCUGAGUGUCUCAGCUCUCGAGCUCAAAUGUGUUGCGGAUGAACAGUAAAAUUAAAAGCAAUUAAAAAAUCAGAAGAUCCGAAUGUUUUUGGUAAA